CCGGAGCCGAGUUGAACGCGAGCCUCUUGUCUGAACCGGAGAGCCAGCUCACAUCAUUCAGUGGCGCAUGCUUUACGGAGUUAUGUACCUCGCGUUGUCUUGCCCUCUGAACUGCCUGCCGUCAUGGAUUGCAAACCGCGCGCGAAACCACUACUACUUUGUAUUUUUCUGUUCAUCUUGUCGUUUAUUUGCCCAGCACUUCUGAUCAUCCACCCGUCCAAUGAAGUGAACCUGUUGGACUCCAAAGCCAGCCAGGGGGAGCUGGGAUGGAUCUCCUACCCAUCACAUGGGUGGGAGGAGAUCAGCGGAGUUGACGAGCACUACACUCCCAUCAGGACCUUCCAGGUGUGUAACGUGAUGGAGUACAGUCAGAACAACUGGCUGAGGACCAACUGGAUCCCCCGCCAGUCGGCCAAGAAGAUCUACGUGGAGCUAAAGUUCACCCUGAGAGACUGUAACUCCAUCCCCCUGGUCCUGGGGACCUGCAAGGAGACCUUCAACCUGCUGUACCUGGAGACGGAUGAGGACCAGGGCAGCCGCUUCAGAGAACACCAGUUCUCCAAGAUCGACACCAUCGCUGCAGACGAGAGCUUCACUCAAAUGGACCUGGGGGACCGCAUUCUGAAGCUCAACACGGAGGUCCGGGAGGUGGGGCCUGUUACCAAGAAGGGCUUCUACCUGGCGUUCCAGGACGUGGGGGCGUGUGUGGCCCUGGUGUCAGUCAGGGUGUACUUUAAGAUGUGCCCGUUCAUCGUUAGGAACCUGGCCUCAUUCCCUGACACGGUGCCCAUGGACUCUCAUUCAUUGGUGGAGGUGAAGGGCUCGUGUGUCAAUCACUCAAAGGAGCAGGAGCCACCACGUAUGUACUGUAGCACAGAGGGAGAGUGGCUAGUGCCCAUAGGGAAGUGUCUGUGUAACGUCGGCUAUGAGGAGAGAGGGAGCUCCUGCCAAGCGUGCAGAGCAGGGUUCUAUAAGUCUCUGCUGGGUAACGUCCAGUGCUCUAAGUGUCCACCCCACAGCUUCACCCAUCAUGAGGGAGCUCUACACUGUGGCUGUGAGAAAAACUACUUCCGUGCUGAUGGAGACCCGCCAUCUACGGCCUGCACACGUCCUCCCUCAGCUCCUCGUAAUGUGAUCUCAGUCAUCAACGAAACCUCAGUGAUUCUGGACUGGUCCUGGCCAGAGGACACGGGAGGUCGUAAGGAUGUCACCUUCACCGUGCUGUGUAAGCUCUGCAGGCCUGGCCAGAGGGUGUGUGAGGCAUGUCGCAGCAAUGUGCGGUUCCUCCCCCGUGCUGCGGGCCUGCAGAACACUACCGUAACCGUGGGAGACCUGCUGGCUCACACCAACUACACUUUCGAGAUUGAGGCUCAGAAUGGAGUGUCCCAGUUAGCCCCAACCAUGAGGCAAUAUGCUGCGGUGACCAUCACUACCAACCAAGCAGCCCCUUCUCCAGUGACUGUGAUCAGGAAGGAUCGCACGUCUCGUAACAGCAUCUCUCUGUCCUGGCUGGAACCAGAGAGACCCAAUGGCAUCAUACUGGACUACGAGGUCAAAUACUACGAGAAGCAGGAGCAGGAGACCAGCUACACCAUCCUGCGCUCUAAGGGUUGUAACGUGACGUUAAGCGGUCUGAAGGCAGACACCUCCUACCUGCUCCAGAUCAGGGCCAGGACUGCAGCAGGAUAUGGAGCCAGCAGCAGGAGCUUUGAGUUUGAGACCAGCCCUGACUCAUUCUCUAUCUCCAGUGAGAGUAGUCAGGUGGUGUUGAUAGCCAUCUCCUCCGCUGCGGCCAUCAUCCUGCUCACUGUCCUCCUCUACAUCGUGAUUGGCAGGUUCUGUGGCUACAGGAGGUCUAAACACCCUGAUGAGAAGAGACUGCACUUUGGCAAUGGACACUUGCGUCUGCCAGGUAUAAGGACGUACGUAGACCCUCACACCUAUGAAGACCCCAGUCAGGCCGUCCAUGAGUUUGCCAAGGAGCUGGAUGCUUCCUGUAUCGCCAUCGACAAGGUGGUGGGAGCAGGUGAGUUUGGGGAGGUGUGCAGCGGUCGUCUGCGUCUGCCCAGUAAGAAGGAGAACUGUGUGGCCAUCAAGACUCUGAAGGCAGGAUACACCGACAAACAGAGACGGGACUUCCUGUCUGAAGCGUCCAUCAUGGGACAGUUUGACCAUCCAAACAUCAUCAGGCUGGAGGGAGUGGUCACCAGGAGUAAACCUGUGAUGAUAGUAACUGAAUACAUGGAGAAUGGAUCCUUGGACAGCUUUCUGAGAAAACACGAUGCCCAGUUUACUGGUAUCCAGUUGGUGGGCAUGCUGCGUGGCAUUGCGUCGGGCAUGAAGUACCUGUCUGACAUGGGCUACGUCCACAGAGACCUGGCCGCCCGCAACAUUCUGGUCAACAGCAACCUGGUGUGUAAGGUGUCUGACUUCGGCCUGUCCAGAGUCCUGGAGGACGACCCCGAGGCUGCUUACACCACGCGGGGAGGUAAGAUCCCUAUCAGGUGGACAGCUCCAGAGGCCAUCUCCUACAGGAAGUUCACCUCGGCCAGCGACGCCUGGAGCUACGGCAUCGUGCUCUGGGAAGUGAUGUCAUACGGGGAGCGGCCUUACUGGGAGAUGUCCAAUCAGGACGUUAUCAAAGCAGUAGAUGAGGGCUACAGACUGCCUCCUCCUAUGGACUGUCCUGCUACUCUGUACCAGCUGAUGUUGGACUGCUGGCAGAAGGAGAGGAACAACAGACCCAAGUUCGAACAGAUCGUCAGCAUCCUGGAUAAACUCAUACGCAACCCUGGGAGCCUGAAGAUCACAGCCAACACCUCACCCAGGCCAGCCAACCUGCUCCUGGACAGGAGUAGUUCCGAGGUGGUUCAGUCAUUGGGAACAAUGGGGGAUUGGCUGGACAACGUGAGGACUCUGCCCUGUAAGGAGGCCUUCUCUGGGGUCAGCUACAGCUCCUGUGACACCCUGCCCAAGACCUCCGCAGAAAUCUGUCUGACGGAGGUCCAGCACCACGUCACAGCAGCCACCUGCCCAGAGUGGGAGCCUUCAAUGGGGAUCACCACCCUCUAACCCCCCCCCUCCUCCUCCUCCUCCCUUCAAACUCCAGAGACAACGGAUGGGACCUAAAGAAGGUUGGUGUGACUAUCGUCGGCCCCCAGAAGAACAUUGUGAGCAGCAUCAAAGCACUAGAGAGCCACAGUAAGAACGCCCCUGUCCCAGUGUAACUCGACCGAGCCACUAGAGACUGGCUGUCUGGCUGACUGGCUGACUGGCUGCCCUCUGGGCCCCGUUCCAAUCUGAAUGAAACCCCUCUGGGCCCUGUUCCAUUCUGAAUGAAGACCCUCUGGGCUCCGUUCCAAUAUGAUUUAAAGCGUCUCCCCUUCAGACCUCUGUGAACGUUUCAAUGACGUUCCUUCCACAAGGGAGGCUUCCCUUUGCGAGGGGUAGUGAUGGGGAGAGGAGGGCCUCAUUGGAUUAGAACAGCCCUCUGAUCUCUCUAACAUACAGGAAGGAAGUCCCAAACUAAAGGAGGAAGUAGACACUCCACACAAAUGCUGAGAUGCCUUACUCAGAACAGGAGAGGAGAGAACCUGGCCUUGGACCUUGGGGCAUGGCGAUAAAGGGCUGGUGCUGGGAUUGGAUAACGUGGGACAGCAGGGCCCUUUGUGUGACAUAUAGUGGUAAGGGGCUCGUUGAGAACUGAUCCAAUCGUGAUCCUAUGGACUUGACUGACAACUCUUUAACUCUGGAGAGGGGGACAUUAAAUGCCUUGAGUAGAAUAAUGCAGUCAGCAGCAGCAAUUCACUCACAUCAACCUGGAGCAGACAGAAGCAGACCUGGAGAUUCAUUCAUGAACUUUGAGACGCUGGACUCCCACCACUGAAGACCCCACUCUCUCUCACAGAGAAGGACUGAUACCACUCUGUGUGUCUGUGUGUCUGCUCCUGUGUUACUCAAGAGAAAGUCAGCUUGAGAAAGAAGCCAAACCAUUGGAUGGGCUCCCAGACUAAGCCAUGUUUCCCCUAGCUAUAGCCUACAGUCUGAAAACAGUUGAUGUCAAACAGAAAGCAAUAAUCACAACAAUCAGUUUAUCAGUUUGAUCAACCAGAACCAAUGAGACUCACACAGUUUGCUCUGAUGGUUCACAGGAUACAUCAGACCACAUACAGAACUGUAAUUAACUGCCACAAGUCUGCUUAUUAUACAGUAGGUAAUGAUACAUCACUCCAAGCUUCCUUAUUCCUACCCCUAGUGUGAAAUCUCAGUAUGUGUUAUUCAUUCAAACUAAAGCAGGAUAGAGAGAAAAGGAGAGAUCGAGGGAGAGAGGUAGAAGUAGAGAGAGCUGUGGAGGGAGAGAGGAAUAGAGAAGGAAAUGCAGAGAGACAGACAGAGAGACAGAGAAAGACAGAGAGAGAGGUAGAGAGAGAAUACCUUGCAACCGACUACUCCAGAGCAUAUUCUGCUCUGUAAGGUAGAUAGAUGACACUCAAUGACCCCGAGCUCUUCUAAUGCCUUCUUCCAGCAGCGGUGGAGAUCUCACAACGCUCUGGAAACAACGAGUGUGUGAGUGUAAUACAUCUCUGGAGCAGACAAUGAUUCUCUCUGGAAACAACGAGUGUGUGAGUGUAAUACAUCUCUGGAGCAGACAAUGAUUCUCUCUGGAAACAACGAGUGUGUGAGUGUAAUACAUCUCUGGAGCAGACAAUGAUUCUCUGGAAUCAACGAGUGUGUGAGUGUAAUACAUCUCUGGAGCAGACAAUGAUUCUCUGGAAUCAACGAGUGUGUGAGUGUAAUACAUCUCUGGAGCAGACAAUGAUUCUCUCUGAUCUGAACAAUAUUGCGUGUGGAUGCGUGAUAGCACCCCCGUCUGUCCCCUGCCCGCCUGUUGCCCUUAGCUGCUGUUGUAUGUUCUAUUAGCAUGUACAUAUGUAAACAACCAUGUAACUAUAGCUACUAGCAGUACAGUCCCCUUCCAUAGCCAUCCCUUUGUACAAAUGUUUCUAUGUAUAAAAGAAUGAACAAAAAUAUCUGUGCAACAUUUUGAAAAGGCAAAAAUUAUUUGUAUUAUAUUUGAUGUUAUUUUGUCUUAUAUUUGUUUUUUUACAUUAAAAAAAGCAAUUAUAAUAACCUAUUAUUUAUUUGUUAACAUAUACAGUGCAUAAGUGUAGUGUUUUGUUUGUAGCAGACAGUAGGUUAUAACAUGGUUCUGUGACAGCGUCGUCAAUGUUUUCUGUUUUCUUUAUAAUCAUGGACAUUUGGAAGAGCAAUACUGUUAACCACCCCCUCCCUACUCUUUUAGCUUUCUUUAGAUGAACGUGUGUGCGUGUGUAUGUGUGUGCAUGCAAGCGUGUGUGUGUGUCUCUGUGCGUGCGUGUGUGUGUGUGUGUGUGUGCUUGUGCAAAUGUAAAAGGCCUUGUCUACUAAUGUUAAAUGAUUUGUAGUGGAAACAUUUAUAUUUUUAUAAUAAACAUUCUUAAAAUAUUUUUGAAAAAAUUAAUGCAGAUAAACUUG